AUGGGAGCUCAGGCGUCGUCGGCUCAGGCGCAAAUGCAGCAGGAGCACGAUCCAAACGCUGCCUUCCCGUGGUGGACAAGGUUCCUGGCCAAAGGUCUGGGCAUCUUCGGCGGAUUUAUCGCCAUGUUCUUCGGGAUUUUGGGAUUGCUCAGCUUCAGCGCAACGUGUAUUGCCGCUGUUCUACUUCAAUUGUAGGUUUUUUGCUAGUUUUAUUCUUGUUUUAGGUAAUAUCAAGGCCUGAAGGAUUUCUGGUAGUUUGCUGGCUUUAUCUUUCGCCUAAUACUCGUUCUAAAUUUGUAAAAAGCGGAGAGUAUUGUGAUCAUGGAUGUUUAUGUUUCAGAGCUGCCGGUUUCUUAACAGUAGCCUUAGAAGCACCGUUCUGCUGUUCUUUCCUCGACUUUUUUGAGCGGAUAUCGCAGUUCAGUGAAUCGCGCGCCUUCUGGCAGAAAGCCGCUUUAUACAUGGGCAUGGGCGCCGUACCCAUCCUGAUGUGCCCAGAACUUAACACUAUUUUGGGAGCUGGAACGAUCUUCGCUUCCGGAUGUGUUUAUGGAUUCAUGGCUCUUGGCAAAAAGUAAGUUUUUAAUCGUUUUAUAACGUUAUCUUUGAAAAAUAGGUAAUAAACAAGUCUAAAAUAGCCUUAUAGCGCUGUUCUGUAUGCCUUUGAGUCAAUGUUUGCGCAAGUUUUGAUAUAAAAUAUGAAAACUUAAUUGAUAUUGCCUUCAGAGCCGACAGGAAUCAAAUGAUGGGAGCCGGAAGUACCGAUCCCGCUUGGAACGCCAGCGUACCAUCUGGUGCUCCACAAGCCUUCAAUCAACCAUGA